UGAACUGCUAAGUCUCAAUCAUGCUGUCUGAACAGUUUGCCUUUGCCAAGCACCAUCUUAUGUGGACUUCUCCUCACUGGAAAGCCAUUGUUUGCAGAACUUUUCACCCUUUAUGUUCAAGGCAGCAAUUAUUAGGAGCUACAGUUCAUAGAAGCGCUCAUAGAUGGACAUUAGCACCGUCCUCAAGGAUAAACCAGAAGCCUGUGUUUACCAAAGCUCCAGCAUUUGGUGAAAAGCUUGCUGUCAUAGACAGCAGUGGAAGACACAGCUACAAGCAGCUGUACGGCAGUAGCUUGGGGCUUGCCAGUAGAAUCAGUUCUGCUCUAAAGUCCGAUUUUGGAGGCCUGGAUGGAAAACGGAUCUCCUUCUUGUGUGCAAAUGAUUCUUCAUAUGUAGUGGCUCAAUGGGCAACUUGGAUGAGUGGUGGGACAGCAGUGCCACUCUACCGAAAACACCCUCCCUCAGAACUGGAGUACAUCAUCUCUGACUCCCAGAGUUCACUGCUGGUGGCGGCACAUCCGUAUGCAGAGAUUCUGCAGCCACUGGCACAGAAACAUGGUCUGCCAUGUCUGACUCUGCCACCAACUUCUAACCUGGAUGAUUUGGAUGAGACAGACGCAUGUGAGAAGGAGAUAACCAUUACAGACUGGGUUGAUCGGCCAGCUAUGAUCAUCUACACCAGUGGGACGACGGGAUGCCCCAAAGGGGUUCUUCAUACACACGGCAGCAUCCAAGCCAUGAUCCAGUGUUUGGUCUCAGAAUGGGCAUGGUCCAAAGAUGACGUCAUUCUCCACACCUUGCCGCUCCACCACGUGCAUGGCAUCAUUAACAAGCUGCUGUGCCCGCUCUGGGUGGGUGCCACCUGCAUCAUGCUUCCCGAGUUCCAGCCUCAGAAGGUGUGGGAGAUGCUGCUCAGCUCCAAGGCUCCGAAGGUUAACGUGUUCAUGGCCGUGCCAACUAUUUACUCCAAACUGAUCCAGUUCUAUGAUCAGCACUUCAGACAGCCUUAUGUGAAGGAUUUCAUCAAAGCGGUUUGCAAUGAGAGAAUCAGGUUAAUGGUUUCAGGUUCGGCUGCUCUUCCUCUUCCCAUUCUGCAGCGCUGGGAGGAGAUUACAGGACACACGCUGCUGGAACGCUACGGCAUGACUGAGAUCGGCAUGGCGCUGUCCAACCCUCUGAAGGGCCCACGAAUCCCAGGAGCUGUAGGAGUGCCUCUUCCAGGUGUGGAUGUUCGAAUCGUUAUGAACAACACGACCGACACCAUUGUUGUGGAGGGAAAUCACAAAGGCACUCAGGUCCGACCUGGUCUGGAGGGUAACGAAGGGGAGCUGCUAGUCCGCGGUCCGUCUGUGUUUAAAGAGUACUGGAACAAACCUCAGGAGACAAGAGAGUCUUUUACAGAUGAUGGCUGGUUCAAAACAGGUGACACAGCGAUCUUUAAAGAUGGCGUGUUCUGGAUCAUGGGCCGCACGAGCAUUGACAUCAUUAAGAGUGGCGGCUUCAAGAUCAGCGCGCUGGACGUGGAACGUCACCUCCUGGCUCAUCCCGACAUCACAGAUGUGGCUGUGAUCGGGGCCCCUGAUGUCACUUGGGGACAGAAAGUCACGGCUGUGGUGCAGCUGAGGAAGGGACAGAGUUUGACCUUACCAGAACUGAAGACCUGGGCACGGGAGCACAUGGGUCCGUACAUGAUUCCAACAGGCUUGUUGCUGGUGGAGGAAUUACCGAGGAAUCAAAUGGGGAAAGUCAACAAAAAGGACCUCCUGCGACUCUUCUUUCCAUGACUGGACUCCUUUAAAAUG